AUGAACUCAACAGAAGAUAAACCAUCUAAAGCUAUGCAGUGCAAAAAGAGCUUGAACUGGAGCAAAACUCAUAGGAAACAUCAACAAAUGCCCCAGGGUGAGAAACCAUUUAAAUGUGUUGAGUGUGGAAAGAGCUUCAGUCAAAGUGGGAACCUUAGAACACAUCAGCAAAUUCACACGGGAAAGAAACCAUUUAAAUGUAUGGAAUGUAGAAAGAGCUUUGGUCGUAGGGACGCCCUUACAAUACAUCAGCGAACUCACACAGGGAUGAAACCAUUUAAAUGUAUGGAAUGUGGAAAGAACUUCAGUCAAAGUGCAAACCUCAGAACACAUCAGAAAACACACACAGGGGAGAAACCAUUUAAAUGUAUGGAAUGUGGGAAGAGCUUCAGUCAAAGUGGAUACCUCAGAACACAUCAGCAAACUCACACAGGGGAGAAACCAUUUAAAUGUAUGGAAUGUGGGAAGAGCUUCAGUCAAAGUGGAUACCUCAGAACACAUCAGAAAACUCACACAGGGGAGAAACCAUUUAAAUGUAUGGAGUGUGGAAAGAGCUUCAGUCAAAGUGUUCUUAGACUGCACCAAAGAACUCACACAGGGGAGAACCCAUAUAACUGUAAAGAGUGUGGAAAGAGCUUCACUCAAAUUGGAAAUUAUAAAAGCCACCAAAGAACACACACAGGGGAGAAACCAUUUAAAUGUAUGGAGUGUGGAAAGAGUUUUCGUCAUAGUGUAACCUUUAGAAUACAUCAGCGAACUCACACAGGGGAGAAACCUUAUAAAUGUAUGGAGUGUGGAAAGAGCUUCACUUCAACCAAAAACCUUAGACUGCACCAAAGAAUUCACACAGGGGAGAACCCAUAUAACUGUAUAGACUGUGGAAAGAGCUUCAGUCAAAGUGGAAAUUAUAAAAGCCACCAAAGAACACAAAGGAGAAACCAUUUAAAUGUAUGGAGUGUGGAAAGAGCUUCCGUAUUGGUGGAAUCCUUAGAAGCCAUCUACAGACUCACACAAAGGAGAAACCAUUUAAAUGUAUGGAAUGUGGAAAAAGCUUCAGUCAAAGUGGAAACCUUAAGAGACAUCAGCGAACUCACACCAGAGAAUAACCAUCGAAUUGUAAGGAGUGUGGAAAGAGACUUGGUCAAAGCGGACAUUUUAAAGACACCAGAGAACAUUCACAGCAGGGGGGAAAGCAUUUAA